AUGGUCGAAAGUGGUGUCCCCCAGGGUUCAGUACUGGGACCCAUUUUGUUCCUUAUCUACGUGGACGAUGCCGCAAGAGAUUUGGACUGUGAAGUAGCAAUGUUUGCGGACGACAUGAAGAUAUGGAGUGUAAUUCGUGGUCCUGCCGAUGAAGACAGACUGCAGAUGAACCUGAAUCGGUUGGAGGAGUGGUCAAACCGUUGGCUCCUGCGGUUCAACGUUGCCAAAUGUAGCAUACUUCACCUAGGCAACACAGACAGAUCCGCCAGCACAAGAGGCUACUUUCUGGGCGGUGCAGCCCUACAAGAGGUCGAAGCCCAAAAGGACCUCGGUGUGCUUACGACGAGUUCCCUAAAACCAUCCGCCCACUGUUCGAGGGUGGCAAAAACCGCAAUGUCCGUACUGUACGCCAUCAAGCGUGCGUUUAUGGACUUUGACGAAGAAGCCUUCUCUAAGACAUUCGGAACAUUCGUCCGGCCGCAUUUAGAGUACGGCAUACAAGCUUGGAGGCCGUGGGGUGUUGUGGAUCAAAACUGCCUCGAAAGAGUCCAGAGGAGAGCCACGAAGAUGGUCAGGGGUCAAAGCUCCUUUCCCUAUGCGACCCGCCUAGUAAAUCUGAACCUCUUUCCUUUGAGUUACAGGCAACUUCGCGGAGAUCUCUUGCAAGCCUUCCGCAUUGUAAAGGGGUUGGAUUGCAGUCUGGCCUUCGAGGACUUUUUUGAAUUUGCUACCACGACCAACCUCCGAGGUCACCCGUUAAAACUGCGCACUCAGCAGGCACGGCUGGAUGUGCGGAAGUUCUCCUUCUCGGUUCGGGUGGUCAAACCGUGGAAUGAGCUUCCCGCAGAUGUUGUGAUGUCACCAUCUAUACAAAGUUUUAAGAAGAAUCUGGAAAGAAGGAGAGCGAACAAUCAGAAACUGUGCGGCCACGACCUCUGA